AUGGCAUCUAUGAAAAUCCUCGUCAGCGGUGGCGGUAUUGCCGGUAAUGCAGUAGCCUUUUGGUUGUCAAAGCUCGGCCACGACGUCACCGUCGUCGAACGGUUCUCGAGCCUACGGACCACAGGACUCCAGAUAGAUCUUCGCGGCCACGGAAUCGAGGUCUUGAAACGCAUGGGUCUCGACGAGGCUUUUCGUGCCAAAGCCGCUCCAGAGCAGGGCAUCCAGGUAGUCGACAAGUCUGGCAGGCGACGCGGCUACUUCCCGGCAAACACUUCUGGCAAAGGAAACCAGAAUUUCACUAGCGAGUAUGAGAUAAUGAGGGGCGAUCUCUGUCGUAUUAUGUAUGAUGUAACCAAGGACCGAGUCGAGUAUGUCUUCGGGACGUCGAUCGAAAGCUUUGAGGAGACAGAAGGCGGCGUUGAGGUUAAGUUUGCGGACGGCAAGACGGGCAGGUACGAUCUCUUGAUUGGUGCCGAUGGCCAGGGAUCACGAACACGCAGGAUGAUGCUCGGACCCGGCGCUGCGGAUGCGUUCGUCCCGAUUGGCGAUGGCGAAUACAUCGCAUACUUCACUAUCCCUCAGCCGAUGCGAGAAGGAGAGGGGUACAUGGCCACUUUCUACCUUGCUACUGGUAUCCGAUGGGUGUUGACUCGACGGAGCAAUUCGGAUGAGAUCCAGGUAUACCUUGCCUGCAGGCUUGAUACAGGGCGACUCAGGACUGCUUGUCAGGAAGGCAUCGAAGAGGAAAAGGCGGCCUUGGCAGAGGUUUUCAAAGGCGCCGGGUGGAAGCUGGAUGAGCUCGUGGAGUCCCUCAAAGACACCGAUAACUUCUAUGGCGAGCACCUGGGCCUUGUUAAGCUGGACUCCUGGUCGCGCGGCCGCGUAACUCUCCUUGGAGAUGCGGGUUUUUGCCCGUCGGUACAUACGGGAAUGGGCACUACCGGCGCCAUGGUGGGUGCCUAUAUCUUGGCUGGCGAGAUCGGGAGACACUGUGGUGGAGAUGCUAGUAAAGGAGGUGGUAGCAGAGAUGGCAUUGCGGCGGCGCUCAAGGCCUACGAACAAAAGUUCCAGCCUUUUAUGAACUACAUCCAGAAAGGGGUAGAAGAAAAGUCGAGUUUGGACUCAUUCAUGUCAACGUCGUUUGGAAUUGCCGUCAUCAAUUGUCUCGUGGGGAUAGCCUCUUUAUUCAAGGUGAAUAUCGGGAAGUGGAGCCUUAAGGAGACCCUCAAGGGAUGGGAACUCCCGGAAUAUGAAGAGAUGGCACGAGAUUAG